UGUAGUGUAGGUUUUGUAUGGCUUUUCCAUUGCAAAAUAUAGUGCUAUCAAUGAGGUGAUCUGUUCGUGGAAACCAAAAAACUACGUUAUUUUAAAAAAGCGAAAACGUAAGCUCUUCCGCAAAACUACAGGUUCCAGACUGCACUUAACGGCAUUUCCGGUCCUGCGCGGUUUCUGGAGCGGAUUGGAACCCGGAGUCAGGAUUCAUUAGAUGUGUAGUCGUUUGGAAAACAGAUUUUCAUAAUGACGGAACAAACAUCAGAUGAGUUUAUCUGGUGUGAGGACUGUAGGCAGUAUCAUGACUCUGAAUGUCCAGAUCUGGGACCGGUAGUGACGGUGCAGGACUCAUUCGUUCUCAGCAGAGCCCGGUCCUCCCUGCCGGAGAGUCUAGAGAUCAGACAAGUGCCUGAUGGGAAGGAGGGAGUGUUUGUCCUCCAACGAUUGGUCAAGAGGACCAGGUUUGGACCCUUUGAGGCUAAGAGAGUAUCCCACCUGGACAAAGAAGGCCUGUUUCCUCUGAAGAUCUUCCAGAGAGAUGGCUUGGUAAUAUGUUUCGACUCAUCCAAUGAAGAUGACUGUAAUUGGAUGAUGCUAGUUCGGCCCGCUACUGAACAUCAGCACCAGAACCUGACUGCUUACCAGCAGGACAAUGAGGUCUACUUCAACACCUCACAGGAUGUGCUACCAGGGUCAGAGCUGAGGGUUUGGUAUGGGGCCUUCUAUGCCAAGAAGAUGGAAAGGCCCAUGCUGAAGGCUCCAGUCCCUCCCCCUCCAGCAGAUGUGGAUGCUAGCUGUACCAAACCAGGGCUGGCAUUGGGUAAAGCUGGGCUGUUGCUCCCUCUAGUGGCCAGAGAGAAUGAUGCAGGAGGCCAGGGACAAGAGACCAGCCGGUUGGUGUGUAAGGUGUGCCCAGCUGUGUUCGUGGAGCCACAGCUCCUGUCUGACCACCUACUGAGCCACCUUCAGGAAGUGAAGUCUGUUCCCCCGUGCCUUGAAACCCAGCCUCAGCAGCGGGACUCAGUAGAACCGGUAACUUGCGAUGACGGCUAUGGUGCUGAGCCCAUGCCAGCUCCCGCUUCCCCUCCCCUGGUGGUUACCAAGAGAAGGCCAGGCAGGCCGGGAAAGAGGACCAAAGGAGAACGCAAACACAGCGGUGCUAACGUAGCAUCUAAGAAGAAAAUUACAGCCCCCAAGACCGUAGCAGCGACCCUCAACAUGGCCUCCACCGACGGAGGAGAGAGUGUCCUGGAAGACAGUGGCAUGGAGAUUGGCCCUGAUGGGGUGGCCGUCACCAUGCCCAGGGUGACCCGUACCCUCCUCUCCACUGGCAAACGGGGGUCAAGGAAGAGGUUCCUGAGGCAGGGAGGAGACCAUAAGAGGGUGUACAAGUGCACUCUUUGCAACAAGAUUUUUCAGAACAGCAGCAACCUCAACCGACACAUCCGCUCCCACGGUGAUAAGCUUUUUAAAUGUGAUGAAUGUGACAAGAUGUUUAGCCGCAAGGAGAGCUUGAAGCAGCACAUCUCAUACAAGCACAGCAAAAAUGAGCCUGACAUAGAGUACAGGUACAAAUGUAACACGUGCGACAAAGCCUUCCGGGUCGAGAAUGCUUUGAAGUUCCACAACUGCAGGACAGACGACAAGACGUUCCAGUGUGAAAUCUGCUCGAGGUUCUUCUCCACCAACAGUAAUCUGUCCAAGCACAAGAAGAAGCACGGAGAGAAGCUGUACGCCUGUGAGAUCUGCAGCAAGAUGUUCUAUCGCAAGGAUGUUAUGCAGGACCAUCAGAGGAGACACACUGUGGCCAAUCCAAAGCAGAUGAAGAGGGAGGAGAUGGAGGCCAAUGGAGAGGAAGGGACCAAAUACCGGAAGGAGCCUUCAGCGUGUCCUAUCUGUGGCAAGGUGUUUUCGUGCAGGAGCAACAUGAACAAGCAUUUGCUGACUCACGGAGAUAAGAAGUACACGUGUGAGAUCUGUGGACGCAAGUUCUUCCGAGUGGAUGUGCUGAGAGACCAUAUUCACGUUCACUUUAAGGACAUUGCCCUGAUGGAUGAGCAGGAGAGGGAAGAGUUCAUCAGGAAGAUUGGGAUCUCAGUGGACAGCAGUGACGACACUGAUGAUGAGGAUGAAGACGAUGAACCUGAAACCCACAAGUACAGCUGCAAGAAGUGUCCAGUGACGUUCCUGAAGGGCAGGGACUAUCUGAAGCACAUCAUGGACCUACACAAAGAAAGGGGAUAUGGCUGCAUCAUCUGUAAUCGGCGCUUUGCUCUUAAAGCCACAUACAAUGCUCACCUGGUCAUCCACAGGGAACAGCUCCCAGACCCUGCUGUGCAGAGGUACAUCCACCCUUGUGAAAUGUGUGGCAGAAUCUUUAAUAGCAUCGGCAACCUGGAGAGACACAAGGUCAUUCACACAGGGGUGAAGAGUCAUGGUUGUGACAAGUGUGGGAAGUCAUUUGCCAGGAAGGACAUGCUGAAGGAACACCUGAGGGUACAUGACAACAUCAGAGACUUCCUGUGUGCUGAGUGUGGGAAGGGCAUGAAGACCAAGCAUGCUCUGAGGCACCAUAUGAAGCUGCAUAAGGGCAUUAAAGAGUAUGAGUGUAAGGAGUGCAACCGCAAGUUUGCCCAGAAGGUCAACAUGCUGAAGCACUACAAGAGACACACGGGAAUAAAGGACUUCAUGUGUGAGUUGUGUGGGAAGACCUUCAGUGAGAGGAAUACCAUGGAAACACACAAGCUCAUUCACACAGUGGGAAAGACGUGGUCGUGCGUGGUGUGUGAUAAGAAGUAUGUGACGGAGUACAUGCUCCAGAAGCAUGUGCAGCUGACUCACGAGAAGGUGGAGGCUCAGACGUGUCACCUCUGUGGCACCAAGGUGUCCACCCGGGCCUCCAUGAACCGCCACAUGAGGCGCAAACACCCCGAGGUGGUCACUGAGAGAAUAGAUGACUUCGAUGAGCUCCAGGAAGUCUCCACCAUCGACGAGUCGAGCAUCAGCAUUGCGCAGCCCGAUCUCACCCUGGAGAAGGAAGCUGCGGAGAAGCCCCCGCGGACCCCCCGGGCAUCCAGGAAGAAGCCCAAACAGCCGGAGGAGCCUGAGCUGUCGGACUCUGACGAGUAUGCUGACUUCUCAGGCAAAGACGCAGAGUACUCCGCCGCCAUAGGAGGAGAUGAGACCAGCUCGGCCGUGCAGAGCAUACAGCAGGUGGUGGUGUUGGCUGACCCCAACACGUCCUCAGCCUCGUCGCCCAACGGCUCGGCCGGGCUGAAGAACAUCACCGUGACCCCCAUCACCUCCCAAGCCCCCACCCAGUUCACCAGCCUGCAGCCUGUAGCCGUGGGCCACCUGACAGCCAGCGACCACCGGCCCCUCAACCUGGACAGCCCCAUCCUGACUGUGACCUUUGACACGGUCAGCGGUUCCGCCAUGCUCCACAACCGGCCCGCCGAGCUCACGGCCGAGACGGUCGGGCCGGGCGGCGCCACAACGGGGCCACAGUCGGUCGCCCACUUCAUCAACCUGACCACCUUUGUCAACCCCAUGGGCCUUCCCCUGGAAGCCCCCACCCUGGCCUGGAGGCCUGUCACGCAAGCUGAAGGGAUCCAGUCUGCCCCCGUGGUGGACGGGCCCCCAGGUGACGCCCAGGACGCUCAGACACCGGAGCAAGCUAGACAAGCCCAGGCAGCACAGCAGCAGGCUAACACAACACAGCAGAUGUUCAGUUACUAGACGGAAGAAGGCAAGGUGCUGGUCACCUCACAGUCUUGGUGAAGGACAGUGGAUAGACUCUGGAGGUCUGGAACACUCUAAGCCAGAUGCUUAUUUGAAAUUCCCCAAAAUGCGCCCUUUGAAUGGAAGAACAUUGAUUAAGGAUGAUUGGACCGGAUGGGAAUGUCAAACAUCAAGAGCCACCUGAAAUGAAAUCUAAAUGUAUUAGUCACGUUCACUGAUUAGCAGAUGUUGUAGCAGUUGAAGGGAAGGGAAGUUACUAGCUGUAACAGUGCGAUAGCAUGUCCAUAAUUACACAUUUACAUUACAUCUGAAAAAGUAAAAAAACGACAAAUAUAGAUUCAUUAGAGGAAGUGAUGCAGGCACUUUGAAUCAAGACAAUGUGAUUUGUGGGUUUUCUUUGUCAAAUCUGCAUCGAAAAAGCGGUUGAACUGUAUUGAUUUCAAACUUGCGUUUACAGUAAAAAUAAAUAUAUUUGAGUGUAUUGUUUAUUUUGUCAAUACUGCACGCUUUGAUUUAUCAAUAUAGUAAUUAUAAAAUGACCAAAACAAGAUAUGUUUUACAGUUGGUGAACUUAAACAUGUCUUUCAUAGGUUCACCGUAUGAUUACUUUUUAAUUCUCUGAUUUGGUCAUUGGGGUUUAAAAAUGCAAAAUGCCUUGCACAAUAUGUUUAUAGAGUAGAUACUUCUCUUACAAGGUUAUGAAGAGUUUAGAACAGUCAAAACAUUUCACCAGUGGAGAAUAUCCAAUGUUUAUUUUUUACUGUCUUAAAAUGUUCUACGGUUUUAGUGGUGAUAAGCAAUUAUAAAAUAAAUACUAAUGGCCUUU